AAUAAUACGUUUGUGUAAGUAACAAGCAAAAUCGUAGGUUCGUAGGUACCUAGGCUUGGUAGAACCUAGAAGAGAAAUUUCAAAAACAUUGCCAUUUUUUGCAAACUUCGUCGAGGGCUCAUAAACAUACUAACCUACUACGUCGUACACAUCGUAUUUUUGUGAUUUGAAAUUUAUUAUCGUACUCACCCACUACCUACCUACCUUAGGUACCUACUUAAUAACCCCGCAAUGGCGACGGCUCACUUACACUCCCACGACGGAGGCGCUACCAACCAUUCCCACGAUGGCUUCUCGGCCGCUGAGCACGGGCACUCGCACGAGAUCCUCGAUGGGCCGGGCAGCUUUCUCGGGCGAGAGAUGCCCAUCAUCGAGGGCCGCAAUUGGAACGAGAGAGCCUUUACCGUUGGAAUCGGAGGCCCCGUCGGCUCCGGCAAAACCGCCCUCAUGCUAGCCCUCUGCCUCGCCCUGCGCGAGCAAUACUCCAUCGCAGCCGUCACCAACGACAUCUUCACGCGCGAAGACGCCGAAUUCCUCACGCGCCACCGCGCCCUCCCCGCGCCGCGCAUCCGCGCCAUCGAGACCGGCGGCUGCCCCCACGCCGCCGUCCGCGAGGACGUGUCCGCGAACCUCGCCGCCCUCGAGGACCUGCACGCCGCCUUCGCCACCGACCUUCUUCUCAUCGAGUCCGGCGGCGACAACCUCGCCGCCAACUACAGCCGCGAGCUCGCCGACUUCAUCGUCUACGUCAUCGACGUCAGCGGCGGCGACAAGAUCCCCCGCAAGGGCGGCCCCGGCAUCACCCAGAGCGACCUGCUGGUCGUCAACAAGACCGAUCUGGCCGAGGCCGUGGGCGCCGAUCUGGACGUCAUGGAGCGCGAUGCUAGGAAGAUGAGGGAGGGCGGGCCGACGGUGUUUGCGCAGGUGAAGAAGGGGGUUGCGGUGGAUCAUAUUGUUAAUUUGAUUGUUAGUGCGUGGAAGGCUAGCGGUGCUGAGGAGGUGUGUAAGGCAAAAGGAGGGCCGAGGCCGACGGCUGGGUUGGAGACGUUAGUUUAGGUAAUUUGUGUUGAAUAUAAGGGAAAUAAAGAUUCGCUGCCAGUCAUGCUAUGCUGUUUUAAGUGUGGUACUGAGACGGGUUGAGAUUGAAUGGGAAAUAAACGUGUAACCGUAACCAAAUUGGUAUCG